AUGGCUGUUGAGGGUGUGUGGAACAAGACCCUGCUGAAACUACGUCGCUUAGGUAGAUGGCUGGUUCUGGUGGUUUUGCUUUCGUUGUCCAUGGAGAAAAACAAGCUUAUUAGAGAAAAAACUAGGAUGACCCACAAGAAGAAAAUUGCGAGUCUGGCCCAAGAAAGCCUUCUUUCUCUUGUCCUUUCUCUUUCUCUGAAACCUAUCAUUGCAGUUGCUGUAGAUUCGCACGCAGAGUUCCAAUACAUCAUUGAUGAUCUACGUAGUGUAUUGAAAAUAUUUCCUUCUUAUGUCACCCUCUUCACCAGCAUUCUCACAUCUGUUUACUUUACUGAAUAUAAUCUUGUGGUGCCACUGUGGCACGAAGGUGUGGCAUAUUAUGAUAUUAGUGCAUUAAUGAGAUGUGAAAUGAGUCAUAGGAAGAGAGCUUCACGUACCAUUUCAAAGGUUCCAUUCCAUAAUAAAGAAAAUGCGGAAAACAAAAUAGAGUGA